CAAACAUGCCUCGUUGGUCGCAGCACGCUGAGGAUUCUUUUCGCCUUCCGGAAGGUUUUCGAAGAGUCGGAUACGAUGCAGACACGAUGCGGUAUACCUUCACCGACAAAAAUGGGAAGUUGUACCAGAGCGCCCCUGGUGAGGAGUAUGGUACCCUGACGCCGGUCACUGUCUCUGCGUCAACUAAUAGGCCUGGAGCCUUUUCAGAUGGAAAAAACCCGAAGGUCGAGUCUACCGGGUCCCCUUCGACGUUCCAGGAACUUCUCCCUCCUUCGGCUAUAACGUCUGCCUCGUCGUCCUCGGUUCAGAAUUUGCCAGCACCGCCGCCGAAGGUGCACUUUAAUGGCGCGAUGCGAACUGCACUUCCCAAAAUGCGGGGCGUCGUCCAGAGCCUCCGGCGAUCCAUUACUGGCAAGUAUAGUAAGGGGUCCACCUCUGCGGCAGGCCAAGCUUCUCGUCGUCGUGAGAGUGGCAAGAGUUCAUCUUCGACUACCGCGGCCAGCUCGGGUGGCGCUAGCACCGUUGACCAAUCGAAGAGUUCUGAAUCCAACGUUUAG